GGCCAGUCUGAAAGGUGGGCAGUUCCUUGCUGGAAACCCGCCUCCUUGUCUGAAGCCUCACCUUUCUCCUUUCACCAAACUCAGCCUUAUACUCGGGCCAGCUGCUCGCCAGUGCAUUGCAUUGCAUCGUUCCUUCUUCGCCAUGCCGGGUCCUGAGGCGCUCCUUGCGCUCUUGAUCUCGCCCGUUCUGCUGACCGUGGCCCUUGUUCUCUCGGGCCCUUGGAGGCUCUUCGAUUCCCAGCCGCCUCUGGAUUUGAUGAGGGAGCUGGAACAGCGGCAGCAAGACCUGAGUUGCCUGGCAGCCUCUGCCCAAGCGCGCGCUUCUCCGUCCGCCGCAAGGCGCGCAGAGGUCGCAGAGCCUUUGGGUUGCGCGCAACUGAGCGGCCUGAGCGAUGUGGGCGUGGUAGGCGCUGGCAUCACGAAGUUGGUGCUGAGAGCAGUUCUGUCGCCCGGUGGCGAGGAAAUCGCCCUGAAAUCCGUGCACUGGGCAGGCAGCGACGUGAGUCGCUGUGUUCAACGCUACGGCCACGCGGAAGGUUGUUUCCAGCUCGCUGCUUACAAGCUGUUGAAGGAGACCAUCCUGUUGCAGACUCUGGAUCACGAAGGGAUCAUCAAGCUGCAUGGAAAAUGCUAUAAUAAUAGCCUAUAUCCAGAAAUGAAAGUGGUUUCCAUGUUGGAGCUUGGAAGCCCUUUGGAGAUGAUUCAGCUUCUGCAGCUCCCUUGGGAAGAGCGAUUUAAAAUUUGUCUGGAUCUGGUAGAACUGCUCAAUUACUUGGCAAAUUCUCCUCUAGGUUCCAUUGCUCUUCUAGAUUUCCAACCAAGACAAUUUGUUAUGGUGAAUGGGCUCCUGAAAGUUACAGACCUGGAUGAUGUGAGCACUGAGGAGCUGUCUUGCAAAACAGAUCAAGAUUGCAUUCUCAAAUUCCCCACAAAAACCUUCUUUCUCAAAUGUGCCAGCCAUGGGAACUGCAAAGAAAUAAAUGAGAAACGGAAUCUUUUCAAUGCAUACAG